CCCUCCACUGCGGCAGUAACUGCUCGGCUGGCUGCGGGGCGGACCGUCCAGCGGCUGCUGAGCGCAGCCCUCCGCAGCCCGCCGCCGCUGCCUAACCCGCCACAACCGCCGCCCUCCUCGCCGCCCAGCGGGCUCCCUGCGCCGCGAAGACGCUCCUAGCGGACUGACCCUGCCGCCGCCGCUGCGACCUCAGGACAGACAGCCACUCCCUCCGGGGGCAGCACAGCCCUCGGCCGCCCGAACGCCCGGCUCCGACCGCGAACCCCGCGUCGACUCCGGGAGCAGCGACUGCCCCGCGCCGGGCGGCGGAGAGGAGGCGGCCACGCCCCACCCCCGCGCCCCGGCGGCCUCUCCAGCCCGGCGGCUCCCGCCCUCGCCACCGCCCUCGCCCCGAGCCUUCCCGCCACAAGGCCGCACCGCGCCUGCAGGCGGAGGACCCCGGCCGCGGACCCCGAGGAGGCGCAAGAUGGCGGCGGCCGCGUGACUGGCGGACCGAGCCUGACCGACGCUGCGCCCCGAGGACCGCCGGCCGACUGCCUGGGGCAGCGCAGGUUCGACUCCGGGCCUGGCGCCGGUGGCGAACGGCGGCGACGUCCAGCUCGCCUCCCUCGGGCGUCUCGGGGGGAGUGUCUGCCGUGGUCCUCGGCCCGGGGGCGCGGGGAGCCGGUCUGACCCGUGUCUGUGGAGUGGGGCCCCAGGGAGUGGGAAGAUGGCGAUGACGCUGUUGGAGGACUGGUGCCGGGGGAUGGACGUGAACUCCCAGAGAGCCCUGCUGGUCUGGGGGAUCCCGGUGAACUGCGACGAGGCCGAGAUCGAAGAGACCCUGCAGGCGGCGAUGCCCCAGGUGCCCUACCGCGUGCUGGGGAGGAUGUUCUGGAGGGAAGAGAACGCGAAGGCGGCCUUGCUGGAGCUCACGGGCGCCGUGGACUACGCGGCCAUCCCCCGGGAGAUGCCGGGGAAAGGCGGGGUCUGGAAGGUGGUCUUCAAGCCCCCGACCUCCGAUGCGGAGUUCUUAGAGAGGCUGCACCUCUUCCUGGCGAGGGAGGGCUGGACCGUGCAGGACGUUGCCCGCGUCCUGGGGUUUCAGACCCCCGCUCCGGCCCCGGGCCCCGACAUGCCCGCGGAGAUGCUCAACUAUAUCUUGGAUAACGUGAUCCAGCCUCUUGUGGAGUCCAUUUGGUACAAGAAGCUGACGGUGUUCUCGGGGAGGGACAUCCCGGGGCCCGGGGAGGAGACCUUCGAUUCCUGGCUGGAGCACACGAAUGAGGUCAUAGGGGAGUGGCAGGUGUCUGAUGUAGAAAAGAGGCGGCGGCUGAUGGAGAGCCUCAGAGGCCCCGCCGCGGAUGUCAUCCGCAUCCUCAAAACCAACAACCCUGCCAUCACCACCGCCGAGUGCCUGAAGGCGCUGGAGCAGGUGUUCGGGAGCGUGGAGAGUUCUAGGGAUGCGCAGGUCAGGUUUCUGAACACCUACCAGAACCCAGGGGAAAAGCUAUCGGCUUAUGUCAUUCGUCUGGAGCCGCUGCUGCAGAAGGUGGUGGAGAAGGGGGCCAUAGAUAAAGAUAACGUGAACCAGGCGCGCCUGGAGCAGGUCAUUGCCGGCGCCAACCACAGCGGGGCCAUUCGAAGGCAGCUGUGGCUGACCGGGGCUGCGGAGGGGCCGGCGCCUAACCUCUUCCAGUUGCUGGUGCAGAUCCGCGAGGAGGAGGCCAAGGAGGAGGAGGAGGAGGCUGAGGCUGCCCUCCUGCAGUUAGGCCUGGAGGGGCACUUCUGAGACGAGGGAAGUGGCGUUUGAGUGCAGACCUAGGUAACAGCUUCUUUGCGCUGUCUUACAGGUGUGUCUCUUAGUCAAGGCCUGUUUCUGGGGGGAGGUCAAGGCCUGCAUAUGCAUGUAACAUUAGUGAAGUUGUGCAAGGGAGCACCCUGAGCUGCUGUAAGUGUCAUGCUAGCAUGCUGAAAUGCCAGGUAAAGGCUUGGACAGGUGCUCAGUGCAAGCUGUCAUCUUGACAUCAGUUGUGAAAAAAUGUGAAACUUGUGAGACUUCUCAUCGAGAUAUUUAAAUGUGAAAUUGCAUGUUCAGAUGUUUAGUUCAGAGCCUGGCUAACACAAGAAGUGCUCAGUAAAAAUAGGAGCUGUUAUUAAUAACGUGAAUAGUUUUUCUGUUUGAUGCAAAUUGUUCCUGAUUUAUAUUGGUAAGAAGAAAUGUGAACUAGAUAUUCGUAGUGGUUCAACUUUACAGUGCUGUUUCUUAUUUUUCAUCUGUAAACAUCAGGAUCAGUUUAAUUGGAAAGUAUCCUGAGACUACAAAAUAGUGUAUUAGAAAAGUACAAUUAUAGAGCUGUGUAAACUAAAAUUUUCACUGUACAAGAUAUAAAUCGCAUGGAAGGUUAAUAUGAACCAGUUACAGUAUCCAUUCCCCUAUUUCAAAUCCUUGUUGAUUUGUAUUUCUCUUUGUGCCGGUUCUAAGUGUUCUAAGUUUGAAGUUAUCAAAUACAUGUACACAAAUAAAAUAUAUUUAAAAA